CAUAGUAAGAAACAACCAACAAAGUGAAUGAAGGUAGAGUAAGAGAGAAAGAAAGACUAGAAAAAGUGAAAGAAUAAUGUUGGAUUUAAUUGAAAUUGUACUCUAAUUUCUGAUUGUGUUUCUCCGGUAGUAACUGGCUUAACAUUUGACCUUUAAUAUCAUCCAUUUAGGAUGAUUAGUGCUAACAGAAAUGAUGGUAAUUCAUUAGGUAAACGAGCUAGUAAAAUGGGUUUGCUUUUCCCAAAUGAGGAGAAGGAGGAUGGCAAAAAGAAGUUCAAAAAAGAUAUAUCUGCAAUAAUGGGAGAUGUCUCAUCUCUUAAUAAAAAUCGUAUCUAUAAUUAUGGUUACGUUAAAAAACCAGCCGAGUUGUUCCGCAAGGAUCUCAUAUCAGCUAUGAAAAUGGCUGAUGGGGAACAACUUUCACGUGAAGAUUAUAUCCUAAUAACUGACUCUUGGAAAGAGGAAUGGGAAAAAGGAGUGCAAGUACCUGUGAACCCUGAAUCCCUUCCAGAACCUAGUUAUAGAUGUCUCAAAACUGAAGAUGACUCAUCUCCUCAAGACACAAAUAAAGUUAAACCCGUCAAAAAAAUAAAUGAGUCUACCGAAACGGAUCUAGAGGUUUAUGGUCAAUAUGAACUAGACCUAUUAGACUUAGCUUGGUUACAAACGCUCCAAGAAUCUGAUGAAUCAAUCAGGCUACCAGAGAAAUUUGUCGAAGAUCUCAUUAAUGAACUUGAACACCAAUGUGCUCGCAAUAUGAAGGCCAAACAAGUUGGGAUUGAAUAUGACGAUCACGUUUUAUGUGAUGUUUGUAGAAGUCCCGACGCUGAAGAUGGAAAUGAAAUGGUUUUUUGUGACUCAUGUAAUAUCUGUGUCCACCAAGCUUGCUAUGGUAUCACUCAUAUUCCCGACGGUGAAUGGUUAUGUCGACCUUGCAAAGAAUUAGGUUAUAAAAAAGAUUUACCUUGUGUGUUGUGUCCCAAUACUGGGGGUGCGUUGAAACCCACCUCGCAACCCGGUGAAUGGGCCCAUGUUGCUUGUGCUCUUUGGAUACCAGAGGUAAAUAUUGGAUGUGUAAAAUCGAUGGAACCAAUCACUAAAAUUAAACAAAUAUCUCAAACAAGAUUAAAUCUUGUGUGUUCUAUAUGUAAAAUAAAGAAGGGUGCUCCUAUCCAAUGUUCGAUCAACUCAUGUAAAAUAGCUUACCACGUAACAUGUGCAUUCAAUGCCAAACUUAAAAUGAAUGUAAUGGCUGUUGAUGAUAGAAAAGGUGUUAAAUUGAGAUCCUACUGCUCCAAACAUUCUAACAAAAAUGGAUCUAAAGAUAAUGAAAAUGCUGACAGCUCAAGUGAAGCUCUAAAAGACGAAAAAUCAGAAUCAGAUAUUAUUCUGAAUGAGAGUGAGAGUGAUGACCCAUGCAACGAAUUUUGGAAAUAUAUUGACAUCACACAAAUCAAUCACGAGUUUUUGCCUAUGCUAAUGUCUGAAUUUCCACAAGCUUCUAAAGAUGUUUUGGGCCUAUAUAUUGAUCUUGUUUUGCAAUAUUGGAAGAUGAAAAGAGUCUCUAAUUAUGGAUCACCUCUCAUUAGAAUGAUAAAUGCAACUUCUCUGGAGAGGUUGAAGCUUCAACAGCAUGCUGGUAUUCUGAGAUUCCGAGUAGACCUGGAACGUAUUCGUAAUUUAAGUUAUAUGUUGUGUCGCCGCGAGAAGAUAAAAUGUAACUGGGUCAAAACUCAUCAAUCAGCAAUCGAACAAGCUAUUGCUUUUGCUACAGGUUCUCCUCUUCCAAACUCAGAUGAGCAAUCUGGGGCAACAAGCACUUCACCUAGUUUCAAGACAAACUCAACACCUGAAGAGAGAUUGAAACUCGCUAAGGAAAUUAUUAACACAAGUGUAAUAUACGAUGACUGGGAUACUAGAGACAAGAAUAAACCUAAAGUGUUGAUUAAACAGUUAAAAAAUAUGAUGAGAAACGAUAGUAUUGAAAAGCUAAGAAGACAUAGGCCAAAUCCAUAUUUGAAAUUUUAUCCUCAAAGACGAAGUGAGAGCAGUGAUAAUGGUAAAACGCCACAGUCUCCUCAACAACAGCUCCAUCAAAAAGCUAAAAAUGGUAAAGGUUUUUUCAAUGGAUCUCACACUAAAAAUCAUGUUGGACAAACAAAUGUCAACGGGUCACCAAUCUCAGCUUCCUUGCCACUUCGUAAUAAGAGUGUACCAGCGAACCAGACUUCCCCCAAAUCAGAAUCGAUUGGAAACACUCUAAGAGAGAAAAGUAUAACCAAAAGUGAUAAGAAUAAUCAAAUAAGCUUGAAUUCAAAACCAAGCCCGGAAUCCAUCAAAGAAGAUAAAAUUGUAAAUAAUUCUGUUAUAACUAGAGCUUCGGCUCUUAUUGGAUAUAGAAUACCCAAAAAGAAAAAUCGUGAUAAUCACAAAGAUGAUGAUAGAAUUUGUCUCGAUGAAACAAAUUAUGCGAUAAGCCCUUUGAAAAAUUAUCAAAACGAUCAAAGGGUAACUAAUUCUAAUAAUCACCACUUUUUAAGGAGACCGACAAUGGAGGAUAACUACAAAGGAAACGAAAGAUUUCUCGAAAGGAGAAGAUCUUUUAAUCAACGCCGCUUUUAAUACAAAUAAUUUAAUAAUUUAAAUUAUAUGCCAACACCCGGACAGUCAAAUUUAAUUUAAAUAGUUGAUGUCAAUUGUUUUGUACAGAAAACAAAUCUAUCUAUUAUAGAAAAUAUUGCAGCUCCUGUACUUUAUUCUGGGAACAUUUUUCAUUUGCAUAGCAAAAGUUAUGCAAUUUAAUGUCUUUAAUAUAAUCUUUUUUUGAUUCAUAGGAAGUCUGCUAUGAAAAAAUAUCAAUUAUUUGUACGCUUUGAAGUGUCUACACAAUGAGAUCUGAUUCUGAUUUCAGUUGAACUGAGAUUAAUGUUGAAACAAUUUUCAAAUUAUCCUUUGAACUCGCUCUUUAACAUGUAAAUUGUGUACAUUUCUUCAUAUAUUUCUAUCGUCACCUCAUCAUCAUCACCAUUUUUCUCAAUUAAUUAAUUGUUUUCUUCAUUCAACCCAUUUAUCAUACUCAUUUACCAAUUAUAAACUUAAAAGUUAUUUUGUUGAA